AGACGGGAGUGGACACAAAUGAGCCAAGCCCGCGAGGUGGACACUGCACUGAGGGGCCUCAGGAAUCACCAUCACCCUUUGGCACUUUCUGUUUUGUUUGGCCGAGGAAGAUGAAGGCAGCAGCGCCCACAAACCCCUGGGACCAAGAGCUGGAACUAGAUACAGCCUGUUGUGACAAUGAGUUACAAGGCACUAAUAGUUCUGGAUCAUUGGGUGGUCUUGAUGUUCGAAGACGAAUUCCUAUAAAGCUCAUCUCCAAACAAGGGAACAAAGCCAAAGCUGCACCUCGAACUGCAAGGACUAUAAACAGGAUGCCUGCAAAGGCUCCACCUGGUGAUGAAGAAGGAUUUGAUUAUAAUGAAGAAGAACGAUAUGACUGUAAAGGUGGAGAACUGUUUGGAAAUCAGCGAAGAUUUCCUGGACAUCUUUUUUGGGACUUUCAGAUAAACAUCUUAGGUGAAAAAGAUGAUACGCCAGUUCAUUUCUGUGACAAAUGUGGAUUGCCUAUUAAAAUCUAUGGACGAAUGAUUCCAUGCAAGCAUGUAUUUUGCUAUGAUUGUGCUAUUUUACAUGAAAAAAAAGGAGAUAAGAUGUGUCCAGGCUGUAGUGAUCCUGUGCAGCGCAUUGAGCAGUGUACACGAGGUUCUCUCUUCAUGUGUAGCAUUGUUCAAGGGUGCAAGAGAACGUAUUUGUCUCAGAGAGACUUACAGGCUCAUAUCAACCACCGCCACAUGAGAGCUGGAAAACCUGUUACCCGUGCUUCACUUGAAAAUGUUCAUCCUCCUAUUGCCCCACCACCAAGUGAAAUCCCUGAUCGUUUUAUAAUGCCGCCAGACAAGCACCAUAUGAGCCAUAUUCCGCCAAAGCAGCACAUCAUGAUGCCACCACCUCCUUUGCAACAUGUGCCACAUGAGCACUAUAAUCAGCCUCAUGAGGAUAUCCGUGCUCCUCCAGCAGAAUUGUCCAUGGCUCCACCUCCACCUCGUUCGGUCAGUCAGGAAACCUUUCGUAUUUCAACAAGAAAACACAGCAAUUUGAUAACUGUCCCUAUUCAGGAUGACUCAAAUUCAGGUGCUAGAGAACCACCACCUCCUGCCCCAGCACCUGCUCACCAUCAUCCUGAAUAUCAGGGUCAACCAGUGGUAUCGCACCCUCAUCAUAUUAUGCCUCCACAGCAACAUUAUGCACCACCCCCACCUCCUCCACCACCAAUAAGCCAUCCAAUGCCACAUCCUCCCCAGGCCGCAGGUACUCCUCACUUGGUUUAUAGCCAAGCUCCACCUCCACCAAUGACCUCUGCUCCACCACCAAUAACCCCUCCCCCUGGACAUAUUAUUGCCCAGAUGCCACCUUAUAUGAAUCAUCCUCCUCCAGGACCUCCCCCACCUCAACAUGGUGGUCCACCUGUAACUGCACCCCCUCCUCACCAUUAUAAUCCUAGCUCUUUACCCCAGUUCACUGAAGAUCAAGGAACUCUGAGCCCUCCAUUUACACAACCAGGGGGAAUGAGUCCUGGUAUAUGGCCUGCACCAAGAGGGCCGCCUCCUCCUCCACGAAUGCAGGGUCCGCCUUCUCAGACCCCACUUCCUGGACCACAUCAUCCAGAUCAGACAAGAUAUAGACCGUAUUACCAAUGAUAAUAGUAUUUUGAACUGAAGAGACGAUGAGGAAAAAAACUUAUGUAUAGUCAAUCUUUUAAUUAAGCUUUGACUGCUUUGGGAAGGAAAUGCACCUCUUACUGAGGUGACUAUAAAACACUUAGGGUCUUGUCUCUUAAAAUGGUUUUAAAUCUUGACCUUAGAAUUGAUUUCACGUACUAUACUGUAGUGCAGAUAAGUGGCUCAGUUGAGCACAGCUAUAUUUUAACAACUUUAUUCCCCCAGUGUGGUAAAUUGACCCAGAGGUGACCAUUUGUAAAAAAAAUUUGAAAAAAAUAUUUCAUUGUUUCACUUUCCAAAGUACUGCUUUUGUUAAACCCAAUGUUUAGUUUUUCUUGUGAUACAUUUUGUUAACCUGUGUAAAAGGAUUAAAUUUCAAUAUGGUUGUAAAAA